AUGGCAGAUUCACAAACUACAAUUGCUUCGCUAAGAGAAUUAAAUUCUAAACUUACAGUUGUGAUUACUGAACUUAGAAAGAAGUAUGCUAAGAUCGAAGCUGAAAAUACAAAGUUAAAGCAGAUUAUGGAAGAGAAUACUGAAUUUAAGACUAGGGUUUCGAAAUUGAAACAAAAAUUAUCACAUAAUGACGAAGAAAAAGGUGCCCCUAUUGCUAAGUUAGAUGAUGAUACUGCAUCUUACAAAACGAACUCUGAUGAUACCCCUGAACAGAUAAAAAAUAUAUCUAACAAUAUUUCUAAUUCUGAUAUAUUCCAGGAGUCGAAUAUUCAAUAUUCUAAAUCACUUAUUCAUACAGAGUCUGAAUCUUCUGAAAAUAAAGAGAUCAAAUUUCUCAAUCGAAUACAUAGAGAAACUGUUAGCAAUGAAAUAAAAGAGAGAAAUCAGGAAAAGAAGCUUCAAACCCAAAGUUCUUUAUCAUAUAAUAAAGAUAAUUCAUCAUGGCCAGAAAAAUUCGUAAACUAUUUAAUUGGAAUUGAUAAGAUUAAGUAUGUUACCUGCAGUGCAAAUGAUAUUUCAAAAUUAACCAUUGCACAAAUUCAAAACAUUAUAAAUCAAGUAACCUCAAAAAUCAUUUCCUUAAGAAAUAAUCAAAAUCAUGUGACUGAAACAGAGGCAAGUAGUAAUAAAAACGACGAUUAUUAUAGAAUUACUGAUAAAUCUUUAUGCUCAUUAUGCAAGUUAGAUAAUGAUGAUGAUAAUGGUAUAAGAGGCAGAUAUGAAGUUGAAUCCUACUAUAUUAAAUGUGAACAGCAUAGAAUUGAAAUUGAGAAAGCUAAAUUAACAGAAUUGUCAGAUAUGUUGACAGAUAAAAUUCGUUCUAGGUUAUAUAAAAGCUUUUCUUGUUAUUAUCCAGGAUUUACAUACUCAUUGAAAUCAUUUUCCUCACACCAUUCCAAAUUUUCUUCUAAAAAAUUGUUCAAAGUGCUUUCUAAUAAGUUACCUUCUACUAUAUCUAUUUUUCCUACUUCUAUGUUGAUAAUUGGAAUUAGAUGUCAAUUGGCUAGGUCUUGGAUUGGGUGGUGUUUGAGAGAUAUAAUAGUUCUCAAAGGGGUUACUAUCAUUAGUCAUAAAGAUAAUAGUGUUAUUACUCAUAGUGGUGGCAUUAUUAGUCUUAAGGGUAGUGUUGGUAUCAUUAGGCUUGAGGGUAGUAUUAGUGUUAUUAGUCUUGAUGAUG